AGCAGCCUGGGGAGGGCGGAGGAGCAGCAAGUGGCCAAGAGGCUGUUGCUAGUGGCGGAGGAGGCGGAUGGCAGCUUGGCAUUGGUGAAUCGAACAGAAAAAAAGUGGAUAUUCGAGUGUUGCAAUCGAGUGAGAGAAAGAUUAGUCAAAGUUUGGGUUUAUUAACUCGCCGAUAUCUCGUUUUCUGCCUAACCAACUGCAUUUCUGUUGUCAUCAAAGUGUUCUACUAACCUUUAAACCUCCAGGAAAACCACAGGAAUGAGUGUGGAGAUCAAAACAAGUGCGAAACCAGAGAUAGGUGGAAAAAUUAAAUUGAAAAACAAAGUGUGUGAUAUAGCCGAGAUGAUCGAGAGGAAGUGGACCUACGGAACGAUUCAAAGCAAUAUGCUGCCCCUCACGAAAAGAAGCCCGCGCAGCCCUGCAGGUGGCGGCAAGGCAGGUUGUCGUACGCGAGGCAGCCAUGCAGCAGACCGGGGCGUCGAAGGCCGUGUGGCAGCGGCGCACCAACAAGAUCGUGGCGGCGGGCAUCACCAUCAUCGGGCUCACCAUGAUGCUGUCCCUCAUACCGCAGUGCAUCUACAUCGGCAUCGUCUUCGUGUCAUGCUCUUUAAUAUGGCUCGGCUGGAUGACAGUGAGGGAGAAGAAGGCCGAACCGCCGAGACCCGAGGGCCAGCACCCCGCCUCACCUGUCCUCUUCCUCGUCGCUUCGCACCACCUUUCCCAAUCGUCGCGCGGCCCAACGUUGCCAGACCCCGAGGACAAGCCGCCCACCUAUGACCAGAUCCUCAAGCUCGACGGCCUCCCACCUGACUACUUCUCCAUCCUUAGCGAGAAACCGCCCAGGUACGAGGACCUGAGUCCCGCGUUGGGUUGGGGCGCGUGUGCCUUGCCAGCAGAGCUGUACCCCGGCGAGCUGGCCUGCGUCCACCAGGUGCCUGCCAUCCACACACAGUCCCCGUCAGCCUUCCUGCAGGAGUCCCCGCUGUCCUGGGCGGCCUCGACGACUACGUCGCCCGUCUACACCGCCACACACAACCCAGCCUUUGCAAGGGACAACCCAAGUUUUCAGCCGCUCGUGGAAGACCACGAAGCCAAGGAGGCUCAGGACAAGGACGCGGACUCCUCAGACGGUAGCUCUGAGCCUCUGAGUCACCGCGCGGCGUGAACGCCUGCCGGGCCGCCUCGCAGCCACCCUGAGACGAGCCCCCCAGCCAUGCACCGUCCUCCUGCAGCCCCCGGAGGGUUGAGCGCCCCGCCAGCCCGCCCGGCGGCUCAGGGCACCAGUCCGCGGGAGUGUGGAGUGCGGAGUGAGUGUGUCGGUCCAGCAUUCCACACGCGUUGGAAAUGUCUUCUUGUGGCUGAUGAAUUAUGAAACUGCCGGGAAGAUUGAUAUUCUGUGUAUAUUAUAUAUAUUAUAUAGACCAACUUGAAUAUCAAUAAGUAUAAUGGCCUUCCCAGACAGAACAGUGAGAAUGUGUAGCAUUAUUUUAAGCUUCUUAGGGUCAGGCGGGGAAACGAAGCGUCGACUCACCGGUUCGUUCACUGGCGGCUUAACGCUCGCCAGCACGUCCACUCCACGGGUGGCUUGUCAGCGUUGCGAAGCAGCACCGCCGCGGCCACCCCGAGCUCAUGCAUGCUUCGGGGCGGUAACGAACCUCGACGCUCGUCCCCGGCCCGCCCGGCCCGCGGCGUCCCUUCACAGCUCAGUGCAGUGUGAUAGACUGAGUGUGUGCUGCCGGUACACGCGCGUCCCGUGUGUACAUCUUCUCCACAAGUCUUUCUGUAGUUCUAGCUAGUCCUCGCAACACGCCGCCCCCGCGUUCCCCGAGCGCCGUGCACAGGCCGUCCCUGGACGCCGCUCGGCCUCGCCUUAAUAAAGUAGUAACUAAGAACGUUGUAGGACUCGGCCUCGACUUCAGGCCAGAUCGUAGGGUAAAGUGAAAGUUCCUGACAACGCUCUCCUUCUCAGUGCUCUCCCUUUGCUCUCCCUACCUCCCCCCCGCCUUCCAACGGCACCCGCGCCAGCCUCCAGCCUCGCCAAAGAUCCCUCGGUAACCAGCCCCGCCCCCCUAUAGUGCUUGUGUCCGGCCGCCGCCACGCAGGACUUCGAGAUGAGUGACUGUCAGAAGGAUGUCAAACACGUAGAAAGGAUACCAGGAAGAAGAGAACGUUAGGAAAGAGAAGGAUGCUAGAAACGAGAGCAGGACAUCAGGAAAAGAGGGUUCCAACCCUGUGAGUGCUGUGUGAGGAAAGAGAGAAGGAUAUCAAAGAAGAGCAAGAAAUGUUAUUAGAGAAGGAAGGAUGUAAGGUAACAGGAUAAUGUCAGGCAAUAGGAGGAAAGAGUGUCAAGAAAGAAAAGAAGAGGUUUAAGCGAAAAGAAUGUUAGUCUAAUGUUCUGUAAGUCAAGGCUAAAGGAAAAAAAAAAAAAGUCCGGUCGAUAAAGAUUUGUUUGCUCAAUGUUAUGAUUCCAGAUGUAAAGCUCAAUAAGUUUUUUCUUAAUUAAUGAUGCAGAUGUACAAGUCAGGAAAUAAGGUAGUGUGCCAGAAUCGGUAAACAACAAAAAAAAAGGUUGUUCAGAUGUCUAGGUCAGGUACUACACUAAGGUUAUGUUCAAGGUGUGAAGGUAAAGGUGUGAGAGCAGCAAUCAAGGUGUUACGCAGUGUCCAUCAAUCGGGUAUUGGAAGGUGGUUGUAAGGUCUGAGUCUUGGGUGCUGAAGGUCGGCGCCCAGCGAGGCGAGGCCCACGCCCCGCUGACCCGCCGGCGUGUCUUCUUGUGAUAAUCUUAUAUUUUUUUAGCUCCUUUAUAUAUUAAAGAAAUAUGCUCACA